AUGGGCGUCUCAGCCGGCAGCACAAGCGUGGACGCUGGACGGGGCGACAGGGAGAGGUCGAUGGGCACCUGCAGAAGCGUAGAUGCAACAAGCAAAAACCAGAAACCAGUCCCAGAGCAAGCUGCAAGCGUGCGAGGACCGAGCAGCGCGGGCCUCGUCGUCGGCACGCUAUCCAGCUGGCAAAAGUCCCCACGGCACCCAAGCCCGCUACGUCUGCACCUCAAAUGGCCCGUGCCCGGCCAGCUGGGGAUGAUUACACGGGUGGAGCACACCUAUUCCCGCUCCGUCCGUUUCCUAUUCGACGUCAAUCUGGUCAUGUACGUUCAGACGUGA